GUUCUUCUUUUACAAGAAAUUGUGGUGUCACAGCCUUACAAAUUCAAACCAUCAACAAGAGAUAGAGGGCAAGUGUGGGAGGGCAUUACGGCAAGGCUAAAUGCCACAGAAUUAUUCCAUGAUCGGCUCUGUAACAAGAGAGCAGUCAGGGACAGGUAUCAAUUACUUUCAAAGAAAUUCAAGAACAAAAUGGCUGAGGAAGAACGAGCAAGUGGGAUAUCCCCUGAGAUGACAGAAACAGACAAGUUGCUGGAACAGAUAGUGGAACAGUUUGAGGAAAGUGAAAGAGACGCCGGAGAACAGUCAGAGAAGAAUGACCAAAAUAAGGAGAAUGAAAGGAAAAAGGCAGAAGAGAUGAGAAACAGGUCGAUGGAGAAGCUGGGGGAGACUCAGAAAAGAAAGGCAACAGCUGAGGAUGGGCAACAAACAACACCGAGAAAGAGAUCAUCAGGAUCAGAAACCCUCGUGUAUUUGAGGGAAAAGGCAGAACGGGAGUUUGAGCUAAGACAAGAGGAAUUAGAAGUAAAAAAGAAAGAACAAUCUGCACAACUUCAGAUGUUCCAGUAUAUGCAACAGCAACUGCAGCAACAGCAACAACAACAACAACAGCAAAUGCAAGUUCAAAUUCAGCAGCAGCAACUGCAAAAUCAAAUGCUCUUGGCACUUAUUGAGAAAAUCACCAAGUAA